AUGCCCAUGUCCAUGGGGCAUCCCCAGGGCAUGCCGUACUAUAAUCACAUGUCAAUGGCUCCGAACCCUUACCAAUUGCCUUCCGACAACAUAAGAUAUGCCAUCCCCCCGCACGACAUGCGGUACGGGGGCGGUCCCCGUGGACCAAAGAAGUGUGAUGAAGCCCAGCCGACAUGCAACAAUUGCAAAAAGUCCAAGCGCGACUGCGCCGGAUACGACCCUAUCUUCAAACAACAACCUGGACCUUCAAACAUUCAGCCGGCCCUCAACAGUCACCACCAAUCCCCCGUUUCAACGCCAACCGUUCCUUCGUCACUACCCCCUGCACCACUGCAGCCUUCCAACCCAUAUGGUUCGCAGCCUUCGGUCCUGCCGAGCUCCUACGGCCCUCCCCCAUCGGCCAGCACCCACUUCGACUCAGCCCUGAAUUCUCCCGCCUCGGCCAAAGCGGACGGUUACGGAACGGCCAUUGAUCCUGCGCUGCAGAACCUGCCCAUGCUCGCAUCAACACCAAACUUUGCUUCCGGCCAGCAAUCCGCGACCGGCGGCAACCUGACCUUGAGAGCCAAAAAGAUGAAGAUUGAACAAAUCCUGGACCUCCUGGGCCCCGCACCAUCACCUCCUUCCGAGGGAGACGGCCAGGUUACACCAGAGGUGGCCAAGGAAAUCACCCGCGUCUACCAUGAAGUCCUCUUCCAAGGCGGACCGCAUGACCCUCUUCCGCCACCAACCGAUCCCGUCGAGAUUCGCAACCGGGUCUUUGUUGUCGACGUUCUCCUCCGUGGCGAUUUCAUGAUGUCGGCCAACCCCUUGACGGCGCCUCGAGCCGACAGCGACACGAACCGCGUGCGGGAAUAUGAAUUCUGGUACAACCUGGCACACUUCCUCUGCCUACCCGACACGACGUAUGAGAGCAAGCACGAUGAGCGAGAGACGGCUCUGAACCGAAUCAGGACCCUCCUAGACGGCCAGGAGAACCGCGACCUCUUGUACUCGAUUGCGAUUGCGCGUGAGCUGGCGCCGAGACUCGAUCCUGGAUACGAGACAUCGAUCCCGCAGCAGGCCGAUGAAUCCGAACCGAAGAACCGACUGUUUGUUGCCAGCAACUUCAUCCGCAGGGAGGCGCAGGUGUCUGGGGGCACGACAAACGUUGUGCGUCGCUUCAGCGAGAUUGCCAUUCAGUCCUUUAUCAACCCCGGCGUGAAUAUCGGACGACUCAACAACACGGGCGUGCUGAAGCAGUCGUGGGAGGAGUAG